AUGAGCUCGCAAUCUUCGAAACCUCGACGAACCUCGACUGCCAUUGAUCCGUACGCUGCACCGCACAUUUACUAUGGCGAAAGUCAUUCCAAGAAGCAUGCGAGGGCGAGAACCUACUCGGCCAACGUAGACCAAUCCACGCGUAAUGCCCCAAUUACCGACGGCAUCACCGCUGGCCGCCGCAUCAGCCACGAUGAAAUCUCGCUGCAGCCGCGCCGCUUCAAGAUCAACGUCGAGGAGACGCUACAGCAGCUCCUUGCCCGUGAAGACUCCGACCAGAACUACCAAAUCACCAUUGACGACAAGGGACCCAAGACGAUAUCUCUCGGCACCCUUGGCUCCAAUGCCUUCAAGAAACACGAUGUCCGCGGCACCUACAUGCUCUCGAACCUGCUCCAAGAGCUGACGCUCGCCAAGGACUAUGGCCGCAAGACCAUUGUCCUCGACGAGUCGCGUCUAAACGAGAACCCAGUAAACCGCCUCAGCCGUCUGAUUCAAUUUUCCUUCUGGGAUGGCCUCACCCGCCGCAUCGACGGCUCCAACAUUGCCAAAGUCGGUGUUGACCCCAAGGACUGGACCGAUGACCCGCGUCCCCGUAUAUACAUUCCUCAGGGUGCCCCAGAGCAAUACGAAUACUACACUCGCAUUGCUCGCGAGCAUCCAGACAUGCGCCUCGACGUUAUCUGGCUCGCCAAGGACUGCGACAACGACCAGUACGUGCGCGACUUGAACAAGGCACCUGGUCUGCUCGCCAUUGCCAUGGAAGAGUGGAUUGACCCUGAAACCAACAAGAAGGACCUGAGGGGCCUGCCCUUUGUUGUCCCAGGUGGUCGCUUCAACGAACUGUACGGAUGGGACAGCUACAUGGAGUCCUUGGGCCUUCUCGUCAACGACCGUGUCGACCUGGUCAAGUCCAUGGUCAUUCACUUCUGUUUCUGCAUCAAGCACUACAACAAGAUUCUCAACGCGAACCGUACCUACUACCUCUGUCGCUCCCAGCCGCCCUUCCUCACCGACAUGGCUCUGCGAUGCUAUGAACGCAUCAAGCACGAGCCUGGCGCCCUCGAAUUUCUCCGAGAGGCUAUCCUUGCUGCCAUCAAGGAAUACCAUUCGGUGUGGAUGUCCCCACCUCGUUUAGAUCCCGUCACUGGUCUUACUCGCUAUCGACCCGGAGGACUGGGUGUGCCGCCGGAAACGGAAGCCACCCAUUUCGAGCACAUCUUGAAGCCCUAUGCCGACAAGCAUGGUAUGACUUUUGAGGAGUUUGUUGACGCCUACAACUACCAGCGUGUUGUUGAACCCGAACUCGACGACUACUUCCUGCACGACCGUGCCGUGCGUGAAUCAGGCCACGAUACCUCAUAUCGUCUCGAGAGGGUCGCUGCUGAUCUAGCAGUUGUCGAUAUCAACGCGCUGUUGUACAAGUAUGAAGUCGACAUUGGUCGUUGCAUCCGCAAUCACUUCGGCGACAAGCUCGAGAUUCCAGCAGAGUUCUGCACGGGUGACAUGAAGCCUGGUCAAAUCGAAAACUCUGCUUCAUGGGAACGCCGCGCUAGAAAGCGCCGUGUCCAGGUCGACAAGUAUUUGUGGGACGAGGAAGCUGGUAUGUACUUUGACUAUAACACCGUCAAGCAGCAGCGUACCGGCUACGAGAGUGCCACUACCUUUUGGCCCAUGUGGUCCGGUCUUGCCACGCCCCGCCAGGCUAGUAUCCUAGUGGAGAAGGCUUUGCCUAAGCUCGAAGCCUUCGGUGGACUAGUGUCAGGUACGGAGAAGUCGCGCGGCAAGGUUGGCCUUGAUCGACCCAACCGACAAUGGGACUAUCCUUUCGGCUGGGCACCACAGCAGAUGCUUGCAUGGGUUGGUAUGCAGCGAUACGGCUACGAUGCUGAGGCCCAGCGCCUAGCGUACCGUUGGCUGUUCAUGGUCACAAAGGCGUUUGUCGACUUCAACGGUGUUGUCGUUGAAAAGUACGAUGUCACAAGGAAGAUUGAUCCCCACAAGGUCGAGGCAGAGUAUGGCAACCAGGGCAGUGACUUCAAGGGUGUUCCUCGCGAAGGCUUCGGAUGGGUCAACGCAAGCUACAUCUAUGGUCUCACCCUUCUUAGCGCACACCAGCGCCGCGCUCUCGGCGCCCUUACCGACUGGGACAGUUACGCCAAGGCCAUGUCGGAUCUCGGCAUGAUGUAG